AACACUGCUCGUGCACAAAUGGAGGGAUUGAAGUGUUGGAACUGACCCACUGUUAUCAGGAGGAGAGGAAUACAUGUGGAAGGGCUUACUAAGAGUUGAUCAGCAUUAAAAGAAAAGGAAGAGGCUGAUUUCUCCAUUGACAAUCAGGAGAAGAGCUGGAAGGGACGAGGGUUUGCAGACACAAAAGUUUGCAGUAGAUUUAAAAGGAAAUUCCACAGAGCUGAGGGUUGCAUGGGUCCUGUGGUCAUGUCCCCAGGCAAGAAAGUUGAGGGCCCCAGCAGUGGGAGUGUUGCUCGAGGUCUGAGUCAGCUCUACCAAGACACUGAAGCAGCUGACCUCUCUUUCGCCCUCUCUGCCUCUCUAAUCCGGGCGGAAGACGAGGAGCUGACCAGCCUUAGCUGGCUGCACGAGAGCACAGAUCUUCUGACCAGCCUAGGCCACUCUGGCUUGCGCAGCGUCAGUCCUGUGCAGGAUGCUAACGGUGGCCGUGAGCCCUCCUCCUCUUCACCUUCAUCCUCUCCUGAGCCCAACGAGCUGCCCUACCACCUGUCCACGGGUCCCAGCCGUAAACCGCCCUACUCCUUCAGCUGCCUCAUCUUCAUGGCGAUAGAGGACGCUCCCUCCAAGCGACUUCCUGUUAAAGACAUCUACGGCUGGAUACUGGAGCACUUCCCUUACUUUUCUAGCGCCCCUACUGGUUGGAAGAAUUCAGUACGUCAUAACCUGUCACUCAACAAGUGCUUCAAAAAGGUGGAUAAGGAUCGCAGUCAGAGCAUAGGAAAGGGUUCUCUCUGGUCUAUUGAUCCUGACUACAGACACAAUCUGAUUCAGGCACUAAAGAAGACUCCAUUUCAUCCGUAUUCCCCACGACUUCCGAAACCUUCUACCUCUCCAUCUGCUUCUCCUCAGCAAUACCACAGUAGUCCACUAUGGCCAGGAAGUCCAUUCUUCAGAAAAAAUGGAGGAAAAAUGCUCUUACAAGUUCCACAGAGAGUGAUACAGCAUGGCUCAUGUGUCAGUGCUCAGAGACUAUUUCCAGUAAUCAGACCCCUUCCAUUGAGUCCUGUGAGCAAGAGGACCACAGCCGUGAGAUCAGCCCUGGGCGACUACCUGACACGGGGCAGAAACGGUAUGUGCAGUGACUCUCCUCCACCCAGCGAUGAUCAACAGGAGGAUCACACAUACAGCAGCUCUCAGUCCCUGAGUACAAAGAGGGACAGUUCUUUCCCCAUCUCCUCCUGCUCCACUCAGGGAUUCCUCUCUGCCUACAGCCAUGGUCAGAAGAUAACAGUCACUGAGGUCAAAGAGGAGCAAAAAGACUUUCCGCUGGACACUACGCCACCUCCUUCCCAACUACUCCAGCACAGAAGAAUGCUGUGGACCAAAGGUCAACUACGGACCCCUGGCGACACGCUUCCACUGAAGAAGAGGCGGGCAGAAAAGCUUCUGGGAAGCGAUGAGGAAGAUGAGAAGAUGAAGGAGGCAGCGGGGUCGUUGCUUCAUCUGGCUGGCAUGCGCACAGGUUUGAAUAAAAACGGUCAGCGUGUAUGUAAAGUUCAGAAGGAACUGAAAGAGGAAAUGAAAGAUGAGCAAUGAGCGGAAAUCCCUUCAACACAGAUCUAAAUACUUCUGUUCCAGGAUAUCAGGUGAAUUCUAGUCAGUUGUGGCAAUAUCAAUAAAAUUACUGUCGUCCUGUGUUCAAUUUUAUUUCCGGCUGAAUGAUUCUCAUGUCCAUGUUGUUUUGUGCGGGUGUGUGCGUGCGCAGAGGGAAGAAAAGCCAUAGUAAAAUUUCAGUCAUUUGAGUGCAAAAAUGUUUUAAUGUUUGUUUUUGUUAAUUCGUCAACCCUAGCGAACAAUUUAAAAUAAUUAAAGGUGCACAUGAGUUUCAUAUCUGGAUAGUGUUUGGAUAUUCUUUAGCUGGAUUGUAUUUACACCUUGCAGUCAAAUGUGUCUCAACUGUGGUCGGAUAGAAAUCCAAUCAACAUUACCCACGCAAAAUGGAAAAUGCUACUUACAUAUUACAUCAGAAGCUGUGGCAACUGAAAAUUCUCUUGUCUUUUAAUGAAUUCUAUUGCUUUCCAUCACUUUAACAGUCAGGGUUUUCCCUUCAUUGAAAAUUUUUUGGCAGCCAUCAAAGCUAAAUUUCGGGUCGCCGAAACAAAUGUAAUAAUAUUCAUCUCGCGCUCUGCAGUUUGUAGAGCUAAUUAUGCUUUUUUUCUGAAAUGCGCGAGUGAAGUGUGGUUUCACGUGAGUAUUAUGUUAGCCACAUAGUGAUUAGAAAACAGGAGAGAGAAGCUAGUGAGUGGGGAUUUGAAGAGAGAGACGAGAUAUUCCAAGUGCAUUACAAUGGAAUUCAUGGGAUAUUGUUCAUUGUUCAGGUAACAAGAUUGCAGAACGGCAGUGUGUGUUGUGCUCUUCACAUUGCGAUGGCAGAAUUAAAAGAAUAUUCCGGGUUCAACACAAGUUAAGCUCAAUCAACAGCAUUUGUGGCAUAGUAUUGAUUAACAUAAAAAUUAAUUUCAACUCAUCCCUCCUUUUCUUUAAAAAAAGCAAAAAAUCUGGGUUCCAGUGAAGAACUUACAAUAGAAGUGAAUGGAACAGAAUAAGGCAAGAACCCACAACACAGCACUUUAACAACAGAUAACUGUAGUGCAACCUCAUCAAAUAAUUAAUUACUUGUGUAGUUGUAUACAGAUAACAAAAAUGCAUUUGCAUUUAAACCUUCUUUGAAUGGGUUCAGAAUGCUUCUCUGACCACCUCCAACAGCAAUCCGAUCACCGAAAACGCAUGUUAAUGCAAGGUGUAAAUGGGGCCAUACUGACACCUAGCGGUGUGGAUGCAGCAUUGCCCAAAAACAAAGUUUUCAGUUGGUCAUGUGAUCUCAAGAUGGCGAACCUCAUGAAGCGACCCGCUCCUUAUAAAAUACAGCUUUUAUUGGGCAACUGAUAUGACUGGAGGCUUCAUCUCAUGUAAGUGUACAUGAUUUUUUUAUAUAUAUAUAUUUAAAUCAUGUACACUUACAUAAGACGCCCCAGCUAAGACCCAGCCAUAGUACAUGGUAUUUAUUUAUGGGUAAAACUUUCUGAGAAAAAAUGAUUGAGUGCACCUUUAAAUAUGUUGUAGCAGUUCUUCUAGUUGCAAGUUUGAAAGUUGAAUGGAGAGAUCUUUAUGCUGCUCUUAAGUGUGCCAAAGAAGAGACCUGUUGAAGAGAGUGCAGCUAAUCCAUGCACACUUCGUAAGACCAAUAAUAGAAUUAAAAAGUAAUAAAACCAACUUAUAUUAGAAGAAAAAAAAAACAUCUUUAAGAUGAAUAUUUAUUUAUUAAGCAGCAUAUGUUUUUGUGGGAAAAUGACCUGUGUCCAGUGGAUAACAAAUCUAAAAGGUCAAAUGCAAUACAUAAAUUGUCUCUUAAAUGCCUGGUGUUCAAAACAUUUCUGGUAUUAGUUCCUAUUAAAGCACACUGAAAACCGAUCUUUUAUGAAGCAAUGUGUCAGAAAUGCCUAUUGUGUUAAUAUCAAAGUUUUGCCAAAAUGUUGGUGUUUUUUCAAUUUUAUUUGCUUAAUUUUUUUUUUGUCUUCAUCACAGUCCAAGCUAUUUGUCCUGCCAGGAUAACACUGUAAAAAGUAAUUCCCUAUUUUUCUUUUUUUACAGAAGGCGGUUUUUGCCUCAGGUUUGCCUCAGUUAUAUUGCAUGGAUGCUUAUACAUAAGAAAGAAGUAUUUUCUUUUUUUAAAUGAAAGAUCAUGUAAGAUAGAUAUUUAGCAUGAGGCAUGGCUUGUUUUAUUACAAGAAAACAAAAAGAGGGCCUAGUCGGCGUCUCUUAAAUCAUACGUUUCUUGCUUUACUUUUUUUAUUAUUAUUAUUAUUGUAUCUCUUCUUUGGCAGACAACUCUUCCAAAGGAAGAGACUUAUUGAAAACCAAUUUUCAAACAGAUCUGCCUUGUAUUGAAUAUCAGGUGAAACAGAUUUUGCCUUUUUUUUUUUUUUUUUUUGUGGUCCUCGGGUUGGUCGUCCUUUUCAAUUCAUUGAUGUAAGUGUUCAGAUGUUGUUAAUACUCAGUGUUAAAUGACCUAUCACUCUGUACACCCUUUAAGGUUGUGCCUGCCUUUAGUUCAUGUGCUUGGAUGUCUGUUCUGUUCUUUUGUAAUGGUUAACUACUCUGUUAGGGUCAUUUUCAUUGUGCAGCCUGCAUCAAUGAUAUCAUAAAUUGUACCGAAAUAGUUUGACAAGGAAUUAGAAUAGGCUUCAGUGUUUGAAACGGGAUGAUCCCCGAUUACUGCACUGCUUGACUGAUGAAAAUGUCAAUCAGCCUUUAAGUCUAGAUCAAAUGAUUACUAAUUUUUAAUACAGUUAAUAUGUCAGUGAUUGAACAAUUAGCAAAUUAUGCCUUGGCUUGUCUGUUUUUUCCCUUGACUGCUUUGAAGUACCCCUCUCUGUUUCCACCUCUCGUGAACUUGAACUGCAUCUGAGAAACUGAAUGGCCAAGUAUGCAAGGGUCCCAUAGUGGUCUUAAAGGGACAGUUCACCCAAAAGUUCUCUUUCUCUAAGUUGAUAUAAUGUUCUGAAAUUUUGAUGGAUUCUCGGGUCAUCAUCUCUCAUCACCAUUCAUAUAUUUAUUAUGCAGCAUCUAUCUUAAGUGUUUACACUCCACUUAUACUUUUUAUAUUAAAGUCUUUCUGAAUGUUUUGUGUCCUCCAGGGCUGAGGAGCAUGAAUAUGUUAACCAUUUUCCAGUCCUUUAAAAUACUCCUUUUUUCAAUAUCCUUUAAUGUUUCAGCACUUUCUUAAAGGGAUAGUUCACCCAAGAAUUUAAAUUCUCUCAACAUUUAUUCACCCUCACGCCAUCCCAGAUGUGUAUGACUUACUUUCUUCUGCAGAAUACAAAGAUUUUUAGAAGAAUAUCUCAGCUCUGUAGGUCCAUACAAUGCAAGUGAAUGGUGAUCAAAACUUUGAAUCUCCAAAAAGCACAUAAAUGCAGCAUAAAAGUAAUUCAUAUAUCUCCAGUGGAUAAAUUCAAAUCUUCAGAAGCAAUAUGAUAAGUGUGGGUAAGAAAAAGAUCAAUAUUUAAGUCCUUUUUUACUAUAAAUCUCCAUUUUUACUUUUACUUCAACAUGUUUCAUCUUUUGUUUUUGGCGAUUCGUGUUCGUCAUGCAUAUCACCACUUACUAGACAGGGAGGAGAAUUUAUAGUAAAAAAGGACCUAAAUAUUAUUCUGUUUCUCACCCACACAUAUCAUAUUGCUUGUGGAGAUUUGGAUUUAAUCACUGGAUUCAUAUGGAUUACUUUUAUGCUGUAUGUAUGUGCUUUUUUUACCUUGAAAGAUCUGGUCACCAUUCACUUGCAUUGCAUGGACCUACAGAGCUGAGAUAUUCUUCUAAAAAUCUUUGUUUGUGUUCUGCAGAAGACAGAAAGUCAUUCACAUCUGGGAUAGCAUAAGGGUAAGUAAAUGAUGAGAGAAUUUUCAUUUUUGGGUGAACUAAAAUAGUUUGGGUGAACUACUUUAUAUAGUAUAGGACUGUUUGUCCUCUGCAGGGGGUCUAGUGGUGUAUUAGGUGGAGUGGCGCUGUAAGUGCUGGUUUGCUGUGCGAGUACAGUGUAAAGUAUGGACUAUAUCCCCUAUUUUAUUAUGAUUUACAUUGGCAAUAAGCUGCUGCUACAGUUUUACUUUAAAUUUAUGCCAGUCCAAUAACAUGGCAUUUGUUUUUGUGUACCAACAACAUGAUUUCUAUUUAACUGAUUGAAUGGCUAACUGAAAUCCAUACAAAUCCAUAUAAGACAAAAGAGGGAGAAAAUAUGAAUAAAUUAUUUAUUUGAAAACUGUCACUGCCUCUGAAAUGAUAUGUGAAAUAAUAUAAGGGUUUUGUCGAUGUUGUUUGUUUAUUUUGCCAAAUAUGUUUCUGUCCUUGUACUUUAAGUCACUAGUGGUCUGGUUUGAUUUCUAGAGCACAAUGGAGUCAUGAUGAAUAUGUAUUUGACCAGGUCAUUUUUCAAUACACUCAGAUGCCAGUGCUGUACGAGUAUAAAGCUGUCUAUUUCCUUGGUGUCAUAUUGCCAAAGACCAAUAUCAAACUAUUUCAUCAAUACAUGUAAAUAACUGUCUUUGUGACAAAAAUGUCAUGUCAUAUUGUUACUUUUCAACAUAUUUCUCCUGAAAUUUAAAAUGUUUAUGUAAUGUAUUGUCUUCCAGUUGCAAUAAUAAAAAUA